AUGCAGCAAAGAAAGAAAAUAAGUUAUCCAUAUGAAGAAGGACUUCAGAAGUUAGCUGACGCUCUUGCCUACCUACAGAGUAUUACAAAAGAAAGAAAACAGUAUCUUUGUGCAUCACCUGUGGGACCGGAAGGAACUAUAUAUCAUGUAUAUCUCGCAGAGACUGUAAAGGCGUUGGAGACCCAUAAACAGGCACUCAGUAAAGUGGAAUUGCAGGAAGCUAUGAAGGACAUCAAUCUUUGCGUGUUGGUAAAUGAAUUUCGCAAGGAACAUGGCUUUGCAAAACAUAAACAAACGGGCCAGUAUAGGCACGAGGUGACACAAAGUUGAACUUAUUAAGAAAACAUGCAAGUGCCCCCAUUCCUAUAAUACGAACACAUUAGUGCCUACCAGCCCACGCAUGCUUCUCAUCUUUACAAGUAAUCCAACAGUAUAAGAAAUGGAACAUGCUAUUUGGUCCUCCUACAGAUACCACCAGAAGUACAAUUGAUGCACAGGAAGAUCUCAAAACAGCAAGGAUGUUGAAUGUACUUACCAAAUUUUGUCCUUGGCAGAAUAUUAGAGACUUGUAUAGAUAUAAAUGUGGAUACAGACCUUGUGUCAUUUUUCAAAAGGAUGCAUUGUUUCAGAAUGAGAAUGAACAGAUCGAACAGCGCUACCCAGAUUUCCAGGAGCAAAUGAAUGCGCUGCAAAUACGAAGGGGUGAGACUACAACGGCAGUAGACAGAAGAAUGGAGGGUAACAAGUACGCUUUUGUUCCUGGUGACAUAGUGGCCAUAAAUCGUGGCGUUAAUGAAGGACUUCCAUGUGGUGAUAAAUGGUGGCUGCUACAAAUUAAUAAGCCACAUGAAUCCAGCAAAAUGGAAGUGGCUGCCAUGUAUUUGGGUUCUGGCUCGAUGAAGGAAGUGAAGAAGAUAAUUGCAGAUAUUUUCACCUUCUAUCCACAUCUGUCAAAGUAUAUUUUGGCAGUAUUAUCAAGAAUUUUGGAACACCUGUAGUUAUCCCUGUUGGAGAAAUUGUUUCAGGAUGGAGAAAUGGUAGGGUCAGCUAUGCAUUUACGGUAGAAUAUUGCAUGAAACUUGAUAAUUUAUCCAAUGUUCACCGCGCAGCAAUUGAAAGUAACUCUGUUUUGGAUGACUCAGAAUCAGAUUCUCAAGAGAGUGAAACAUUAGAAGAUCAUACCGAAGAAGUUGACGAUGUUGCUCAUUAUUUGGCAAUGAUAACAAUCACAGACAGAAGACGAGCUGUCAGGAUAAGAAAUUCGGAAGGACAGACUUUGGUAUCCUAUAAAGAUCUUGUGGGGAUUAGGAAUUCUACUUGGCAAAGGAGACGUAAUGGACAAUUACUGAAACAAGUUGAUGAGCUUGUUUCAGCUCAAAGAAAUGAUGUUGAAUUCGAAUAA